GAUUGUGGCUCACCCUCCAUCACUCCCAGGGGCCCCUGGCCUGGCAGCCGCAGCUCCCAACCACAGUAUCCUUUGGGGUUUGGCCUACGGAGCUGGGGCGGAUGACCCUCAAAUAGCCCUGGCAGAUUCCCCCUAGACCCGCCUGCACCAUGGUCAGGCACGCCCCUCCUCAUCACCGGGACACAGCCCAGAGGGUAUAAACAGUGCUGGAGGCUGGCGGGGCAGGCCAGCUGAGUCCUGAGCAGGAGCCCAACACAGCCACUGAGACGCCAUGAGAGCCUUCACACUCCUCGCCCUGCUGGCCCUGGCCACACUUUGCAUCACUGGCCAGGCAGGUGCGAAACCCAGCGGUGCAGAGUCCAGCAAAGGUGCAGCCUUUGUGUCCAAGCAGGAGGGCAGCGAGGUGGUGAAGAGACCCAGGCGCUACCUGUAUCAAUGGCUGGGAGCCCCAGCCCCCUACCCAGAUCCCCUGGAGCCCAAGAGGGAGGUGUGUGAGCUCAAUCCGGACUGUGACGAGCUGGCUGACCACAUCGGCUUCCAGGAGGCCUAUCGGCGCUUCUACGGCCCGGUCUAGGGUGUCGCUCCGCUGGCCUGGCCGGCAAACCCAGUUCUGCUCCUCUCCAGGCCCCCUUCUUUCCCCUUCCCCUUGCCCUUGCCCUGACCUCCCAGCCCUAUGGAUGUGGGGUCCCCAUCAUCCAGCUGCUCCCAAAUAAACUUCAAAAGAGGAAUCCGUGGGCCUGUGAA